UCAAAGUCAUUAAUGAAUUAUGUCAAUUUCGUUGGUUGAUUUUUUUAUUCUGUAGUUCUGUACAGAAUUAAUUUUGUUUCGUUAGCACUUGGUUUCAUCAAAAUCCUCUACAAUUUUAUGCUAAAGUACAAACAAACCUAUCUAAACGCAUUAGAUAAGACUCGAUCGCAUACCGCUUCGUACUCAAACGGUGUAGUGUUUCCGGGCGGUGUGAGCGAGGAAGCGGACGCGAGUGAGCAUUGGUUGCACCUUCUCGGCGCCUUUGGCUUCGGCCAAAACGAUUUCGAAUGUCUACACGCUACUGGCGCGCUGGUGACACCUUUAUUUGCGACUAAUCCCAUUCGAAGGCAUGUGGCAUUAAGAAUAACCGCAAUCAGAGAAACGUUUGAGGAGCUCGGCCUUCUAAUCUGCAGUACUAAACGUAAGGAAGACAGAUGUGGUCUAUGGGCUGACACCAUAUCUGAUAUUGAUGUCAAAUAUUGGCAGAGUCGGGUGAGCAAAGAUCCUGCUGAGCUAUUAACCCUGUGCCGGGAGAACAACUGCUACCCGGACAUAUGGGCGCUGCACUACUGGAGCAACUGGUUGUCUCCGUAUAAAGCGAGAGUGAGGUUUGACACUGCGUUCUUUGUCACCGCCUUGCAGGAGAAGCCGCUGGGCAUUCGAGCUAACAACGAAGUGGUCAAAGUUGAGUGGGAAACGCCGUGGUCAAUAUUGGAGAAAAACAGCAGAAAGGAAGUGCAGCUGUACCCGCCACAAGGCUACGAGUUCCGUCGCCUGUCAGAGUUCAGUGACGUAGAGAAGUUGGCACAGUUCGCUAAGGAGAUCAGCUGCAAGGGUUAUGAGCUUCUGUACCCGGUGCACCUUCAGACAAAGGACGGAGUCAUACAUCUUCUACCAGGUGACUAUUCCUACCCAUCAAAUGUAGACCCCAGCAACCUGUUAGUGCUUAAAGAAGACAAUAAGACCAUAUUAGAACUUAGAGACACCAGUCAAGCUCUCCAUCGUUUUGAAACGUCAGAAAAAGAAGUCGUACUAGUUACGCAUAACUACAUACCGAGAAACCAUAUCAACAUGGGCGACCAAGUCUUGCCUCUUAACGUUACUACGAUUCAUUAG